ACACUAAAGUACUGUCUUUUGUUUGAAAAUUUCUAACUCCAACCAUGUUUAGAUUUGUUUCAGCUAAUGCCCGUCAGAGCUUAAGACCAGUGUUGUUACAGAAUCUCGGUAACAACUCCGGGAUCAUUGCUCCACCUCCAGUUCCCUUCACAACUCCUGCAAACGGCUAUUCAAAAUUCCAACGGUUUAACUCAUACGCCGCCAAUGUUAGUCAACCAAGUAAAGAGCAUAUCGAAGACUAUGUUUCAAAGUUGCAAGAAGAUCCUCUUGUUGGAAAAGCCAUUAGAGAUGAAGCUCAGAUUAAGUUGAACUAUUUCAAAGAACAGGUUGUUUUAUUUGAUCAAUACAAGAAAUUAUCUGAUGUGGAAGGCAGAAGAGCCUUCUCGGAGACUUUCCACAAUAUCUUGAAUUCUUUUGAAGAUAAUGAAUUGAGAUCUAUAUUCAGCACGCAUGACUUGAGGAGAUACGUUGCUGCCUUAAAUUUUUCAAUUUAUCAUAAUAGAACCAGCAGAUUGGCAAGUAAUAAAAAUGUGGAUAGAGAUCAGUAUUCCAGCAGUACGUCCAUCGAUGAAGUGCUUUUAAAGAAAGCCUUGUUAAGAUUCAACGAUGUUCUCAUGAAAGGAGAAUUGAAGAAUAUAUUGAACGCCGACAGUCUCGUGUUGUACUUCAAUGCCAUGAAUCAAUUUCAAUUUUACACUGAAUCUAUUGAUGCUUGGGAGCAAGGAGUCAAUGAUAACAAGAUUGGUGGGAUUUAUUUGUCCGAGAAAGUCUUGUCUGUGGUCUUACCCAUCGCUCAGAAGAUCGAGAGAUUUUCAUAUGAAGAAAUCUGUCGGAUUUACGAACUAAACACUGCUAAAGCCUCCGAUAUCCUGCCACAACUAAUCUGUUCAAUGGGUAAGAUUUCCAUUGCUGCUGGUGAUUAUAAAAAGGGAUUGGACUUUUUGGAGUCGUUGUUGAAAUAUUUCGAAGAAAGAAAACACAAUCCUUCAAACGCUAAUUAUUACUUGGGAGACCUUCAUUUAUCCUUCAUUGGAUCAUGUGAUGAUGUUGUGGUCGCUAAGCAUUUCUUUGACAAAGUCAUCAACUAUGAUUUACCUUAUAUGGUGAAGUUGAAGGUUCCUUACGUUCAAAAGUUGAUGGAAAACUGUCAUAAAAAUAAUGAAUCACUUGAUACCAUCUUGUAUUUCUGGAAAGCAACUGUUCAUCAUUACGCUACUGACAAACGUGCAGUGGAAAUCAAUUCUCGCUACUCCAACCUUAACAAUACAAUGUUCAAGAUAUUUUUUAAAUUUUACCCUGAAUUGACAACUGAAUCGUUCGGCAAGUUGAAAGAAAUCAUCAGUGACUUCAAUUCAAUCAAACCCGUGGAUGAAAUUUUCUUGAACACUUUAAUCACUAACUACGCCUGGAAGGAUAAAGUUGUGUUCAACCAAUUGAUAGACAAUUACACUGUAUUUGGUAUUAAUAGAACUCAAGUGUCUUAUAGAGUUUGCUUGAAGAAAAUUGGAGAAAUCAAAGGCUUCACCCAUGAAGAAAUCUCACAAAAGUGGAGCGAGUCUUUGGAAAGCCUUGAUGAAAAGAGGUUCAAAUACAUUCCAAAUGCCGAUUGGGCCUCAAUUAGAGAUGCUACCAUUUGGUCCAAAGAAGAGAGAGAUGAACGAAUCGAUCUUUACUGGCAAAUUGUUCAUCAGUACAAAAACUUCAUGCAAGACAAGUCUACAUGUAUUCGAUUUGUUAGAAACUGGAUGAAGAACGAGCAUGGAUACGAGGAUUUGAAGAACCAUGUUGUCAAUGGCAAAGACCUGGAAUUACAAACGCCAAAUUUCAAGAACUUGAAAAGAUCCGUUAAUUUCGAUCAGGUCUUUGCAGAUACUACUAACCGUAAGUAACCACCCUAACCCCCCCUUUGUAAAUAAAGUCCAAUGUCCAUUUGUAAAUAGAGACAAUUUUUUAAUGAACGUAACCAUGAAUU